AUGCAAUACAAGAACAGCGGGUACCAGAACAGCUUCAUACAGGAUCAUGCAAUACAGGAACAGCUGGUACCAGAACAGCUUCAUACAGGAACAUGCAAUACAGUAACAGCGGGUACCAGAACAGCUUCAUACAGGAACAUGCAAUACAGGAACAGCGGGUACCAGAACAGCUUCAUACAGGAACAUGCAAACAGUGUACCCUACUGCGAACAUGGAACCUACGGCCAGGAAUGUGACUUGAACUGCAGCUUCAAAUGUGAGAACCAGACCUGUGACAGCACCACAGGCCGGUGUUUGAGUUGUGCCCCUGGAUGGCGGGGAGACUACUGUGAGCAGGACUGCGAAAAAGGAACCUACGGUAAGGAAUGUGCCUUCUACUGCAGCGUCAAAUGUGAGAAUCAGACCUGUGACAGGAUCACAGGCCGGUGUAUGAGUUGUCCCCCUGGAUGGCGGGGAGACUACUGUGAGCAGGUUAUUCAUGCUCCAGAGUGUAUCGACACAAUUUUUGGGCCCAACUGCAAACAACAAUGCGACCCUAAUUGUGUGCCCGAGUCUACUGAGAUCAAACGCCUGUGUGACGCCAUCUACGGAGAUAGUGUUUUAAGAAGCGAGAUUCUAGCUGACCCAAAUGCCCAGGAUACGUCAGUACCCAUCGCGAAUCUAAAGGUCUACAUACUGGGACACAACAAGGAAUUCUUUCUCAACCAGUUCAAGUCUAUACCAACUGUGUAUGAUGGUGAAAAAGUUGAGAAAAAGUUGAGAAAAAGUACACGGCUGGUACCUAAUGAAUACAGCUAUUGGUCAAUGAAAGAUCAAAAUAUUGAUUGCUAUAGAGUGAAGACGGUGAAAACAGAAGUUUUUCUAGAUUAUACUAUUCGGACUUUGGAAAUCACAAAAGACGACAACCCACCACGUCGUGUGACCCACUUCCAGUACACGGCUUGGCCGGAAGACGGGUCUGACCCGUGUAUGUGGAGUUUGGUUGACUUUGAACACAAGGUCUUCAUAAACACACUAGAAACUAUCACACUGGUGCAUUCUGGGACGGAUACAACGAGAAGCUCCGUGUUUAUAGCACUACACGAUUUGAUCCGUCAAGCCAAGCUGAACCAAGCCGUGGACUUUGUCGACACGGUCUCCAGACUCAGACACGACAUGCCCAACACGGUUCAAACCUUUGAGCAGUACAUGUUCCUGCACCACGCCGCGCAGGCUAGCGUCGCCUGUACAGGCAGCUACACACACAUCAGCGCCAUCUGUCUCAAACUACAUCUCAUGAGGAACCUCGUCGACGGGAAAAAUAAUUUUGAAAAUGAAUUCAAUAACCUGUUUAGUUUUGAGACACAACUUACUGGUGGUGUAGGGGACGUUACCCAAGAUCCAAAAAGUAAAAAUAGAUUCUUCAUUAUACCAGACAAAAAGUAUCAACCUCUUUUACAAGUGGAUUCCCCCGGAGAAGAGGGCUAUAUCAAUGCUGUCACAUUACCUAGCCUGUACACCCAGACCAAACAGUUUCUGACCCAGCUGCCCAUGCCCACUACGGUCAAUGAUUUCUGGAGACUGGUCACACAGUAUAAAGUCUCCUUGAUUGUUGCUUUUAAAUCCUAUGAAAAGGACAAGUCCUUAGCUAUCUACUUACCCGAAGAACAAGGCCAGCCGUUACAAUGUGGGAACAUAGCUGUCAAUGUCGAAAACGGCGCCGAACUGAGUGGACUGGCCUAUGUUGUGACAACUCUGAUGGACAGACUUGACCAAGAGAACUAUUUGACCGUUCCUGUUGUUGUUGGUAAAGUCAAAUCCAUCAGACCGCACGCCAUUCCUACACUUCAACAGUAUAUACUUGUGUACGAGACAAUGAAACUCUACACUGAAGCAGUGAUCUCUACAGAGAGGCAUCGAGCAGAGUACAGCUCAACUGUCUGA